AUGGUCGAAGCACAUUUGGUUGAUUCUAAAUCAACAUUCUCGAUUUUUGCUCAUUUACUUGAUGCCCGCUUACUACGCGCCCUCGCAGACAUGGGCUUCGCUCGCCCAACCCUCGUCCAAGCAAAAGCCUUGCCCAUUGCGCUGGAAGGCCGCGAUAUCCUUGCGAGAGCUCGGACAGGCAGUGGCAAAACCGCCGCAUAUUGUAUCCCAGUCGUGCAGAAAAUUCUUAGUGCGAAAUCUUCGUUAUCCGCCUCAGACGAAAUUCAUCAAGUGACACGUGCUGUAAUCCUUGUGCCCACUCGCGAACUGUCUGAACAGGUCACAGCAUGUCUUCAAAGCCUCCUUACUUAUUGCGAGAAGGAGAUUAUCGUUGUUAAUUCUGCUACUGGUUCCUCUACACAUCUGCAACGUGCACUUCUCGCAGAUAAGCCAGACAUCGUCAUUUCAACUCCUUCUCGUACCCUCGGGCUGCUUCAAUCAAAGACUUUCAACCUCUCUUCAUUGGAAUCCCUUGUUAUCGAUGAGGCUGAUCUCAUUCUGUCCUAUGGGCACGAUGAGGACGUCCGACAAAUCAUUUCCGGGGGAUAUCUCCCGAAGGUGUAUCAGUCAUUUUUGAUGAGUGCAACCAUGACAGAUGAUGUUGAGACAUUGAAAGGCUUGGCUCUUCGUAGUCCAGCCAUCCUAAAGCUGGAAGAAGAUGAGGAUGAAACCUUACUCCUCAGCCAAUACUCUGUUCGGUGCUCCGAAAUUGACAAAUUCCUUCUCACGUAUGUCAUCCUCAAACUCCGCCUCAUAAAGGGCAAAUGCAUACUGUUCGUCAACGACGUCGACCGCUGCUACCGCUUGAAACUAUUCUUGGAACAGUUUUCAAUAAAAUGCUGUGUGCUAAACUCUGAGCUUCCCCUUAAUUCAAGAUACCAUACCGUACAGGAGUUUAACAAGGGUGUUUAUGACUACAUCAUUGCAACUGAUGAAAACGGUGCCCACACGGAAGCUGAUUCUGACGAUGAACCUGAGGAGGAUGGACUUCAGGAUGGUGUUGGCGACGAGUUGACGCCAACACAACGUGCGGAGACAAACCAAGACGAAGACACGCAACUUGAACCCGCGUCUAAGAAGCGGAAGCAUUUCCAAAACGCUCCUCAACCUGGCCCCUCCAAACCAAAGAAACAGAAACGCCGUACGAAGUCAGACAAAGAGUAUGGCGUUACACGUGGAGUGGACUUCGUCGACGUUGCUUGUGUACUCAACUUCGAUCUACCCACAUCAUCUCGGUCAUAUACCCACCGCGUAGGACGCACUGCCCGUGCUGGGCGGGCAGGCAUGUCAUUAUCCUAUGUCGUCUCUAAAGACCAAUGGGGUAAAAACAAGGUCGUUGGUGGUCUUGAGAGCGCAAAGAAUGACGAGGUUGUAUUUACAAGGAUCGAGAAAGAGCAGGCGGCACGUGGUUCCAAAAUACAGGAGUACAAAUUUGAUAUGAAACAAGUGGAGGCAUUCCGAUAUCGAAUGGACGACGCACUGCGGUCCGUGACAAGAAGCGCUAUCAAGGAGGCCAGGAUCAAGGAACUCAAAACUGAGAUUAUCAACUCAGAGAAACUCAAAGCCCAUUUUGAGGACAACCCACUCGAUCUCGAAUAUCUACGCCAUGACAAGCCGCUACAUCCCACUAGGGUUCAGGCUCAUAUGAAACAUGUACCAAAAUAUUUGCUCCCUCGUCUAGUUUCAGCUCCAGCUAUAGAAGCUGAAGAGUCUCAAGUUGGUUUCGUACCUUUCAAAAAGUCCUCUGCACGUGGUCGUGGCCGCGGUCGUGCUCGCGGUGGCAGAGGUGGUGGGGGUGGAGGUCGCGGUGGGAAGAAAAAAUCUGAUCCUCUUAAGAAGUUUCGGUAG